AUAAAUAUUGUUUUUUUUUUAUCUUCAUUGUUUUCUUUGUUUUUCAACUCGGAGGUGAUUUGAGUGAUUGUGAUUCAAUUUGGAAGUAGUAAAGUUUUAAGUCAGGAUUUGUGUGUUAGGAACCUACCAGAAUUUGCAUUGCCGUUUUUGUAGCAUUUUUAUUAUCAAAAAUAAUUUAAGAUGAGGCUAGUGAUCUUAGAUUCAGCGGACUCAGUUGGUGUUUGGGCCGCCAAAUAUGUAAUGAAACGCAUACAGGAUUUUAAACCCGGUCCUAAUAAAUACUUUGUUCUGGGUCUACCGACUGGCAGCACGCCACUUGGCAUGUACAAGAAACUUAUCGAAUUCCAUAAAGCCGGAAAAGUGUCUUUUGAAUAUGUGAAGACUUUCAAUAUGGACGAAUAUGUGGGCAUUCCUCGCGAUCAUCCCGAAAGCUAUCACUACUUCAUGUGGCAUCAUUUCUUUAAACAUAUCAAUAUCGAUCCGAAGAAUGUGCAUAUUUUGGAUGGUAACGCGCAGGAUUUAUUUGCCGAAUGCCAGCAAUUCGAGGGGAUGAUUAAGGAAGCGGGAGGCAUUGAACUAUUCGUUGGCGGUAUUGGACCUGACGGACAUAUCGCCUUCAAUGAACCGGGCAGUUCGUUAGUGUCACGCACACGCGUGAAAACAUUGGCACAGGAUACAUUGGAGGCGAAUGCACGUUUCUUCGACAACGAUAUAAGUAAAGUGCCCAAGCAGGCAUUGACAGUGGGUGUGGGUACGGUGAUGGAUGCGAAAGAGGUGAUGAUAUUGAUCACGGGCACACAUAAAGCGUUCGCUUUGUACAAAGCGAUAGAGGAGGGCGUAAAUCAUAUGUGGACUGUAAGUGCCUUUCAGCAGCAUCCCAACACACUGAUGCUUUGUGAUGAGGAUGCUACUUUGGAGUUGCGUGUCAAGACGGUGAAAUAUUUUAAGGGCAUACUCAGAGAUGUACAUGAAAAAAUGAUUGGAGAAGAAGCUGAUGCAAACGAAUAAUGAAUUGACCGAAUUUAUAACGAAAAUUAUGUGCACUGGUCUAAAGCGGCCUGAUGGAAGUGCAUUGCAAAUUGGUGGAAGGUGUCGAAUAAAUUACAAGGUUUCGAUUUUAUUUUGUAUGUACUUUGGAUACAAUUCAACCCAGGGAAUUAAAAUUUAGUUAGUAUGAAAUUAAUGUUCAUAUUGCAUUUUUUGUAAUAAAAAAAAGAAAAAGUAAUAAUUUUGUAAGACAAGAAUAUAAUUUAAUAACA